UCUUCUGCGCCCCCCCGCCCCCUCCCCAGCGCGUGCUCCCGGGCCGCAGCAGCAGAAACCGCGCCAUCUCUGCCCCACGCGGGACGCGCAGCCGGGCCUACAAGUGUUCUUAAGCAGAGAUGAAUAACACUGCCGCUAGCCCGAUGGCUGCUGCUACUUCAAGUAGUGGGAGAAGUGCUGGGAGGCCUGUAAGCUUUGCCACAGAGCUUCAGAGUAUGAUGUUUUCUUUGGGUGAUGCCAGAAGGCCUCUUCAUGAAACAGCGGUUUUGGUAGAAGAUGUAGUACACACUCAAUUAGUUAACCUGUUGCAGCAAGCUGCUGAAGUUUCCCAGCUGAGGGGAGCAAGAGUAAUCUCUGCUGAAGAUCUUCUGUUCUUGAUACGAAAAGAUAAGAAAAAACUUAGAAGACUUUUAAAGUACAUGUUUAUCCGAGACUACAAAUCAAAGAUUGUCAAAGGCAUUGAUGAGGAUGAUCUUCUAGAAGACAAAUUGAGUGGCAGUAGUAAUACAAACAAAAGACAGAAAAUUGCUCAGGAUUUCCUCACUUCUAUUGACCAGACAGGAGAACUUUUGGCAAUGUUUGAAGAUGAGGAAAUUGAUGACGUUAAACAAGAAAGAAUGGAGAGAGCAGAAAGACAGACUCGAAUAAUGGAUUCGGUCCAAUAUGCAGAAUUCUGUGAAAGUCGACAGUUAAGUUUCUCAAAAAAAGCUUCGAAAUUUCGAGACUGGCUGGACUGUGGCAGCAUGGAGAUAAAGCCCAAUGUUAUUGCGAUGGAAAUUUUAGCCUAUUUGGCAUAUGAGACUGUGGCACAGCUGGUGGAUCUGGCUCUACUUGUGAGGCAGGACAUGGUAACCAAGGCUGGGGACCCCUUCAGCCAUGCCAUUUCUGCAACCUUCAUUCAGUACCACAACUCUUCUGAGGGGUUUUGCAUCAAGUCCUGCCCAGACUCCCCUGAGAGCACGCCUCCUCCCACGCCGACAGCUCCCUCGUCUGGAUCCCAGCACUCAGGGAAAACCACAUCAGGAUCCCUCGGGAAUGGGAAUGCUGGGCAAGACGCAGCUAAAACUAAGCAGAGAAAAAGGAAAAAGAGCACUGCGGCCUGUGGUGUUGAGGCUCACAGCGAUGCCAUCCAGCCCUGCCACAUCAGAGAGGCCGUUCGACGCUACGGCCACAAGAUUGGCCCCCUCUCCCCAUUCACAAGUGCCUACCGCAGGAAUGGGAUGGCGUUUUUGGCCUGCUGAUGUGCCUGGAACUGCCUACGGGAACAAGAAAGGCAAUGUGACACUGAGGUGACUUCCACUCCUUGCACAAAAUAAAAUUUAAGUUCACCUGCA